UUAUGCUAAUCGAUGUUUUGCUCGAACUCACUCGGUGAGAGCUUUAAAAAGCGGGGCAACCCCAGGCAGGCUGUUAGAAGCGGAGCCAGGUUACGUGAGAGGGAAUUCGGGCGCAGGCAGGUUGUUCUGCCCCGAAGAGCGGCGAGAGCGCAGCUUCCCUGUCCAACGCUGUGAUUUGGAUUUGCAAAGGCGCCCGGACCCGCUCCCCUUUUCCGCCUGCCCGGGCGAAGGAAGGAACCUGCCCGCUCCUUACUACCCGCCGCCGCCGCCGCCACGACCAUGUCCAAUGUACACCUCUCGAGCGCCUCGGCUCUGGAGCGCCUGGCGGCUCGUCGGACUUUUCCGUUGCACGCCCGCACCGGGGUGUGCAGGAACCUCUUUGGCCCGGUGGAUCACGACGAGCUCAACCGGGAGCUGAAGGGCAAGUUGCGGGAGAUCUGCGAGGACGGCCAGAGGCGCUGGGACUACAACUUCCAGACCGAGACACCGCUGGCCGGCUCGGGCAGGCUGCAGUGGGAAGAGGUGGAGGGCGAUUCGGUGCCCGCUUUCUACCGGGAAACGUUGCAGGUUGGGAGGUGCCGCUUCCCGGUGUUGGUGAUCCGAGCGAAGCCGCCUUCGCCGCCGCCGGGCAGCGCGGAGGCGCCUCCGCAGACGGAGCCCAGGGACUCUCCGCAGCAGGAGACGGGGCUUUCUUCUUCGAGCCCCUCCCCGCUGAGCCCGCAGGGCAAGACGGCCACCUUGGAAAGCACUAUGUCGGCGGCGGGCGAGGAACGCCUCAACCAGGAGAACCGGGCCGAUCCGCUCAACAAUUACUCAGGGAUUACAAUCAAGCCUGUCCCGUGUGCCGCUGCGGCUCUCAAAAGGGCAUCGUCCGCCAGCGUAGCUCACAUCACAGAUUUCUUCGCAAAGCGGAAAAGAAUCGUAGAGUCGAGAAUGGCCGGGGAUCACGCCAGCGCGUUGCCAGCUUCUGUCACUGCUGUCCCCUCCGAGAAGACACCCCGGAAAAGGCUCCGAUGAACGAGAUUUUGCACUAUAUUACACCGAAGUGAUUGUUUCCUUGGAAACACCAGAGCUUGAGAGAGACCUUUUCUCUCCACAUGUCAAAGGGACUGGCAAGAGAGACCAGAGUGUGGAAGAAGAGUUGCCUGAUUUUUAUUUUUUGCUCUUGUUCCUCUUCUUCCACCCGUGCCCCAGAAGGAACUGCUUGUACUUCCAUGUAGCAAAAGUGGCUGAUGACAAGCCACCUGACGGAGCAGUGUUAAUUUACAACUGUGCAAUGUAUUAUGUGUUCAAUAUUAAAAAAUGUAUUAUGCCUAAUGUGAGUACACUGGCCAGAAGUGUAAAAGCUUUAAAGUCACUUAUAUAAAUGUUUAAUCUCUGCUGAUUUCUCAGUACAAAAAAUAAAAAAAUGUAUAUUUGUAAAAAAAUAAAAAUACAAACAACUUAAGAGUUAUACUAACUUAUAUUUUCUAUUUAUGUCAAAAGGCGGAUAACUUCGGCUGAUACCCAGUAGUCUGUUCUGUGUUUUUGGUUUUGUUUCUUAUUUGGUUAAGCCAAAGGGCACUAUAUAUUUGCUUUUUGUUGUUAUUUACAAAAAUGUAAAAUUAUUUUUAUAGUGGGUUUUUUGCAUUCACAAAAUGUAGCUAUGAAUCAAAAUUACUUUAGUUAUUACUUGAAAGAAAUCUGAUAACAAUGGUUCCUGAGCCGGUCUGUACCACUGCCAUUGCAAAUUUAUGCCACAAUGUUAAAAUAAAAAGGAAUCCAAUGUCAAUGA